UGCAAAGUGCAGAAUACCGUUUUGAUAAGGGAGACAUGUGUGUAGUCUUUACUAUUAAACACAAUCGCUGGUAGAUAGCCACAGAAGUCGUAUCACAAGUUAUCCUGGGCGGAUCACAGCUCCACAGCUGAAGACUUCUCCACGCUGCUUUCAAACUCCCAUAGCAAACACCACACUCUGCUGGACCUGGACCUGGACCUGGACCUGGACCUGGACCUGGACCUGGACCUGGACCCAGCUCUGUGUCCAGUAACCAGCUUACUGGCAGAGACCAGAACCAGGUAGAAAAGAUGGAGACACAUAAAGUCCUAUUAAAGACUUUAAAAGCUUUGGAGGAAGAGGAAUUUGAAGAAUUCAAGUGGUACCUGAAGGAGAAGGUCCUAGAAUUCCCAGGAAUCCCAAAGAGUGAACUAGAGAAAGCAGACCGGAUGAAAACAGUGGAUCUGAUGCGUACGUACUACGGCAGAGACAACAUUAAAGUGACCAGAGAAGUUUUGAAGGAGAUCCCGAGGAAAGAUCUAUUAGAGGCAUUAUCAGAAUCCUCAUCAGAAUCCUCAUCAGAAUCCUCAUCAGACCCUAAAGGAGAGAAGCUGCUUUCUGCUGGACGGGAGGAUCCACUCUGCAGUCUGGAGACACUCAGGCUGGACCGUGGUGGAGAGCAGAGGUUCAGAGCAGGUGUGAGGAAGUAUUCCUGUGGACUCACCCUGGACUCAAACACAGUGGGCUGGCUCCUCAAACUGUCUGAGGACAACAGGACGGUGACACGUGUGGAGGAGAGGCAGCCAUAUCCUGAUCAUCCAGAGAGGUUUGAUGACAGGGCUCAGCUGAUGUGCAGAGAAGCUCUGACUGGUCGCUGUUACUGGGAGGUCGAGUGGAGAGGAGAGGUUGAUAUAGCAGUGACUUACAGAGGAAUCAGGAGGAGAGGAGAAGAUAAAUGUGGGUUUGGAGUGAAUGAUCAGUCCUGGAAACUGUACUGCACUGAUGGAGGUUACUCUGUCUGGCACAAUAAGAGAGGAACACCCAUCUCCUCCUCCUCCUCCUCCUCCCCCUCCUCCUCCUCCUCCUCCUCUCGUAGAGUAGCAGUGUAUCUGGAUCAUGCUGCUGGCUCUCUCUCCUUCUACAGAGUCUCCUCCUCCUCACUGAUCCUCCUCCACACCUUCAGAGCCACAUUCACUGAACCUCUCUACGCUGGGUUUGCGUUUGCGGCUGACUCCUCAGUGUCUCUGUGUCCUCUGUAGGAGGAGUCCACUUCCUGUCCUGGGUCACAUGGUGUUUUAAAUGGAGGCUUCUCAUUGGUUACCGUGUGUCUCACUGAUUGUGUCUGUAAUAAAGUUUUCUUGAAGCAACGUAUUAAAGCUGAUCCUGAAGACUAGUGAUCGAUACGUUCAAUAAAGAUUUAGAACAAG